AUUCCGCUGGGAGUUGUGAUCGUGUGCAGACGAUCGAGUGUGAUCAAAGUGUCGAGGAUCACGGUGAAUUGCAUUUUUAGCUGAGUGCAGGUGCAUUUUGGGGCAAAAAGAUCCAAUGCUGAAGAGUAGUGAUUUGAUGGUGAGACGUGAGUGAAGGUGUUAAGACAUUCUUUCUAGAUGAUCAUGCGAUCGUGACACUAUAAAAAAAUUAUAUGGGUGAUUCAGUGAAAAGAAACCCAAUAAAUGAAUAUAUUUUCACCCCUACAAUGUAUCAUUUUCAAUUAUAAACAUUGUAAGGUUUGAUCUUGGUGCCGAAGUAUAUAUUCUAUCACCUGGAAAAACGAUCGAGUGUGAAUUGAGAAUAAAAGAAAGCUCAGUGUUAUUAAUGAUCUUCCUCAAGUAAUUCGUAGUGACAGGAAAAUGAAUAAUUCCAAUACUCUGCUGUUCUUUUGCUGCUGUUCAUCAUUUCUUAUUCUCAUUGUGCUCAUAAAUUGUACAAAUGCAGGUGAUAAAUUUAAUUCAGACUCUUGUGGUAUUCAACCACUUCGACGUCAGCCAAGAGAUGGUGAAAGUUCUAAGAACAGAUCACAAAAUCGAGCACGAAGGAAAGGGAGGAUCAUUUCGGGGAAUCCAACCGAAGAGGGAGAAUAUCCCUGGCAAGUAUCUCUUGAGCUCCUUCACCCAUCCCUUGGGUUCCUGGGACACUGGUGUGGAGCAGUUCUAGUAGACGCCAAUUGGAUUCUUUCUGCUGCUCAUUGUGUUCACAAUGAUUUGUUCAAUCUCCCACUACCAGCCUUCUGGACAGCUGUUCUCGGCGAGCAUGAUCGCUCGUAUGAGUCUGGCUGGGAGCAGAGAAUACCCAUCGAUAAGAUUGUGAUGCAUAACAAUUACCAGAAUUACCAGCAUGAUCUUGUCCUCAUGCGCCUUUCACGACCCGCCGACAUUCACCAUCCAUCAUUUGUCCGUCCAAUCUGCCUGCCCAGCCACACUGGCGCCAACGCAUACGAUGAAGGCCAGCUGGAUGAUCGUGAUGAUAAUUUUCUCCGGAGACUCUUCAGUCUCUACACAAAGAAACCAUCGCGAAAGUCACAGAAGCGACGAAAUGAUAAAUUCUUCCAAGAUCGACAUAUAACAAAUAGAGAAAAUAACGACCUUUUCUACGGUUUCAAAACAAUAGAUGAUUUCAAUUUAUACCAACAGAAUCCCCUCUAUCAGGAUUGUCGAGUAACAGGAUGGGGGAAAAAGACCAUCGAAGGCGAGUUAACUGACAUCCUUCUUCAAUCUCGAGUUCCUAUUCUUUCUAAUGCCAAAUGUCAACAAGCGUAUGGUGAUCACAUAAAGAUUCACGAGGGUCAUAUUUGUGGAGGAAAGUUGGAAAAGAAAGCAGGUGCUCCUUGUGUUGGUGACUCAGGAGGAGGUUUGCAGUGUCGGGAGGGCCGAUCUGGCCCAUGGAUUCUCGUAGGACUCACCUCUUUCGGAUGGAAUUGUUCCUUGAAGCUUCCAGAUGUCUUUACAAGAAUUUCAUACUACGUUAAAUGGAUUAAUGAUGUAAUUUCCAGUGACUUCCAUGAAGAUCUAUAUUCAGAUUAUUACUUUUGAAAGUGCUCAUAACUUCCUCUCAAAAUUUGUCGAAUUUAGUGAUCAAGUUGCUACAUAAUACUUUAAAAAAAAACAACAACAACCACAUUAAUAGGACUUUAUGAACUCUUAAACACUGAGUUACAAAUAUUAUCUAGUCAGUAAUAAAUUAAAAAUAAAAGAGAGUGUAUCUUACAUCUAAACCACAAUAAGAGGCCUAACAAUGGAACAAAACCUUUAUCCAUUAAAUUGUAUAAAAAAGUUAAAUAUAGUAAGAAAUGUUUUCCCCUGAUAUAACCCA